ACUUUGUGCUGAGUGGUUGCAAUGGCGGACGUGUCUGAGAGGACGCUGCAGGUGUCCGUGCUAGUGGCUUUCGCCUCUGGAGUGGUCCUGGGCUGGCAAGCGAAUCGGCUGCGGAGGCGUUACCUAGACUGGAGGAAGCGGAGGCUGCAGGACAAGCUGGCAACGACUCAGAAAAAGCUGGACCUGGCCUGAGCACGCGCUGCAGCCCGAGUCCGCCGGGUUCUCACUCCCUAAGCCCAACGCAGCCCGGAUCGUGGGAGCCGCGCGACCCAGGAGUCGUCCUUGCACGGCUUGCAAGAACAUGGCUUGCUUCAGAAAGAAAAUAGUUUUGUCUUCUCUAACAACUUACUUUCAGCUUGUCGAAGAUGAAAAUAAAAAGCACUGGAGAGAAAUAAUUUCUUGCACUUUAUGAAUCUAUUUUUAAAAUAAAAAAUUAAACAUCUUUGAAUCUUUUUCCUCCUCACAAAAGAAAGCAGUAUUUUUGCCUACCAUUCAGUUUGCUGCAGUAAGAGAUUUGGAGCCUGAAAGCAGAGACUUUCUGAUGGAAUCUCACCUUGGUACAGCCUGGAGGCAGAUCUGAUCAACGGACCAUUAUGAGUCAUUUUUCUAGACAUAUUCAGAAAACCUAGGAGCUGUGUCAAAUGCCUGAAUUAAGCAUUACAAAUGCAAGAUAUUUGCACUUUGAAGAAUGUAGAGAGUAAAAAAACUAAAAUUAAAAAAAAUAAUGCAUGUGAUAUAACGGAAUAUAUAUGUGAAAGAGAAACUGUUGAGUAAGCUUAAAGAUAAAUGCCAGUCCUAUCAAGUGA